AAUAAAGGCACUUCCGUAAACACAAGGCGACAGCGAUGUUUAAAAAUUCUCACCUGGGUUCAUUAAUAUCACUUUUGUCCUUUCAUUUAUGUACUUUGAAUGUGUACGAUGUCUCUCACUGAAUCCUCCUGUACGACCUCUAAUGCCACAGAAAAGCUGUGUGUGGGUGAAAGUACAGAAGAUUGUAAAGAUGACUCUGCUGACAAGAAUACCAACUGUGUGAGUAAUGGCUGCAGUAGUCAGGACAGAGGUGUGAGGGAGCGUGUGUUAAAAGAAGUGGGAAUCACAAGCACUGCUUUCAUAGGCCCAGCAUUUCCUCCACAAACAGCCCCGGUGAAGUCAGACAUUGACGACUCGCUGAGUGAGUUUUACAAAGAGCUUGAGCGGAUCGAUACACCUGAUGGUGCUAAUGGUAACCCAGGGAAACAAGAUACGGGCUUCGUCCAACAACGCAGACCUCCUAACAAAUCUACCAGCAAAGAGACUCAGGAUGUUCCAGGGGAGAAAAUUGUCAACACGAGAAACAGUGAAGGGACUCAGUCAUCGUGGCCUCAUUGGUAUCAAAAUGAACCGUACUACUCGAGAAGACAGAGGCCAGGCCCGGAGCUCAGCUCUGCUAAUGCUGUUUCUAACCAGUGGCAUUAUCCUCCACCACCACUGAACAGGCCCCCGAAUCCCAGAUUCCACAGACCACCGUUCCCUCACAGACCACCCCUAUCUGCGUUCCCAAAUCCACAAAUCCCGCCACCACCUAUGAAUCCUACCUCGAAUCAUCCGGGCUUGACAAACCAGUAUCAAGACGAGUCGCAUUUUCCAACAUUUCCUAGGUUCCCACCUCCGAAUGUAGCCAGUCACCCCUCUCGGGACUUUCGUGGCGAUCUGCCUCAUCACUUGGACAGGGACUAUCGGGACUUCAGCUAUACUCCACACUCAGAUAACCUAAACAGGAUGUCUAGUGACAGAAACGGUGAAUGGUCUCAGUUAGAUCAAGAUUUUGAGCCAGAAAAUGACGUGUGGGAACGACGACAUCACUGCGAUCCCUGUGAUGAUCGUCAUGCAUACCCUUCAUCCCUGGUGCUGAUCCUCAUGAGGGGUUUACCCGGAUCUGGGAAAUCAACACUGGCCAAGGAGCUGCUGUCCACUGGUCCUAGUGGCAUCAUUUUGAGCACAGAUGACUACUUCGCACAGAAAAAUGACUACCGCUAUGACCCAGGCCUUCUUGGAGCCGCACACGAAUGGAACCAGAGCAGAGCUAAAGAUGCUCUGCACGACGGAUGUUCUCCCAUUAUUAUUGAUAACACAAACCUCCAAGCCUGGGAAAUGAAGCCGUAUGUCAGAAUGGCUUUGGAGAGAGGAUACAAAGUGGAGUUUUGUGAACCUGACACCAGAUGGAAAUUUGAUCCUUAUGAGCUGGAAAAGAGGAACAAACAGGGUGUUCCUCAGGAGAAGAUUGCGCAGAUGCUGGAUCGCUUUUCAUUUCCCAUAUCUGUGGACAUUGUAAUGAAUUCACCAGACCCACCUCACGUGAGCCAGAGACGUCGACCGAACGAUUUCACAGCCAGAUAGUUUACCUUUAAGAUCAGCCCUUUUCUACUGAUGUUGACUUUUGUUAGCAGCUAUUUUUACAUAAUUUUUAAUAAAUCACUUUGUAUAUUUGUUAAUACAGAAGAAAUAUAUUUUUCUUAAACAGAAUAGUUUGGCUUGUGUAAUAUCUUUUUUUUUUUUAUAAGACUGAUAUUUCAAACUGUUCUGCACAAUUUGGAGCAACGUGAAAAUCAAAAAGGUUGCCCUCAUCUGCCUCGUGUCUUAACUGAUUGCAGUUGGUUGUUAAAAUAGUUUAUGCGUUCCCAAAAUAAACUCCAGCUCUGUUCUGGUUAACCGCGAGAUCACCAGAUUGUCUUCUUUCUUUUUUUUUAUUUUCUUCAAAAGAAGGAGUCGAUUCCUGGCGACAGCGAGGCGUGCCAAAAAAAAUGUUUUUCCAUUUAGAUUCUAGGAAGUUCCAAAUGUCUUCCACGCAUUUAAUUUAGCUGAACGUUAAUGAAUGAUGAAUGAUUCUCCUCAUUUAGUUCGUGACCUCUGUGCUCAGGGUUUUGUUUCAUGACGUAUACAUACAGAGGUGAAGAGUAUUCUUUUAUGACAAAUGCAUGGAUGCUGUUGUGUUUUUAUUGUCCUGUUCUUUUUUAGGAAAACCAUUGUCUGUCAUUAAAGUGAAAGAAUAGCUUUGUAA